UAUUAAAUAAAAAGCACAGAAAACGAUGGGUACCCCUCAUGUCUGCUUCGCCGAUGAGCAGGAGCAGUUGCAACACAAGACCGCCAGCAAUGGCAGCCUGAACAACAACAACAACAGCAGCAGUGGCAGCGGCAGCCAGUCCAAAUUGGAGGUGGGCUCGUACAACAACAGCACAUCGCCGGGCGGAAGCCUGAGCGUUUCGCCGACGCCCCGCUACGAACGCAAUCUGGGCUUCUUUCGGCAGCUGAGCCGCCGCUUCGGCCUGAGGUCGCAGGAUGACCUAGUUCAGUCGGAUGACGCAGCCAGUGUUGCAACAUCAAGAGGCAGCGGCGGCGGCGGUGGAGCAUCGGGGGUGGUCACGCUCCAAGAGGAGGACGCGCACAGUUCAUCGACCGACUCGUGCUCCUCGGGGCGUGGCCUCAACGCUCACCAGUCGCGACUGGAGCUAAUGUCCAUGUCGUGCGCCUCCAGCGAGACGAGCAGCACCCUGGACAUCGAGGAGCAGCAGGAACAGCUGCAGCAACAACAACAGCAAUUGCAACAGCAGUCCGUGCAAUCGAAGAAGAAGCCGAUCAAUCGGGCCAGUUUCUCGCGUCUCCAUCGACGCUCCACAUCCUCGUUGCGUCGCGCCUUCGAGAGCCUCUCGCUCACCUCGCGUUCGCUGUCCUGCAGCGGUCCCUCCCCCCCGCCGCCUCCACCACCCUCGAACGGCAGCGGACAGCCAGCAGCUGCAUUGCCCCUGAAGUCGGCUCUCAAAUCCGCCUCGAAUGCCGAGCUGCACAGGCAGCAGCAGCACCUUCAUCAGCAUCAGCAUCAACAUCAACUGUCGGGCAGGUCAUCAUCGUCGUCCUGCAGUUCAGUGUCCAAAGGCAAGGUGAAGCCGCCGCCGCAGCGGAUCCUGCGGCAGCCCGUCUCCUACACAUAUCUCAAGGGCAUGUCCGGUCUGCCGACGCAGCGGGUGCCGCGCAGCUCCGUCUGCUGCCAGUAUGCCAGGCGCUAAGGACCCAAGACAGCCAGGAUAACAAGGCAGUAAGAGAACUAAGAGAAGUAUCAGGAACCACUAAUCAGCAUAAUAAGCAAUCAUCUUAAAAUUGUUGUUUUGAUCACACAGAUUCUUUUUUUUUGAAUUUGAAUUGAAUGGUAACAUUAAACGGAACCGAAUUAUUAUUUUUUUUUUAUUGAAGAUGUAUGUAUAUAUUAUUUAACAUUUUAAUUUUCAAAAAUCGUUUUAAAUCCUGUUAAUUGAAAUGUUCUUCUUGAACAAUACCAAUUCCUUCCUUACUCUCGUGAAAAUUUUUAGUAAAAGUUAACUCAUUUUAAUCUACAUUUCUAUUAAAAUUUAUUAAAUUUAAACCAAGUACCAACCCUUGAAUAAUAAUUCAAAAGGUUUUUAAUUUGUUCCUUACUUUUUUGGAUAUAGUAGUAAAAAGAAAAUUAUAUUUUAAGUCCUCAACACUUCUUAGAUAAGUCGUAUAAAAAACCUAAAAGGAAACAAAAUUAUUUCUCACCAAAGGCGCUUAAAAUUUUUUCAUCGUCCAUUUAAAUUCCCCGCUCCCUGAAAUUCAUUUCAAAAUCUGUGAUACAACAAUCGUAAACCUUUCCCUGCCCUCCCAUUAAAACCCUCCCAUCCAAGUCCAUCAUAUCCGAAAGUCUUCAAAACAACAUCGGCAGAAUUGGUAAUGAUCUAACAAACUUACAUGAUAAAUUUUAUAAAAAUUUGAAUAACUUUUGCACUUAAUAUAUAUAUAAUUAAAUCGUAGAUGCGUAGAAUUUGUCAGACAUAGAGCCUAUAUACACACAUUUGUCACCGCUUUGACGCUAGAUCAAGAUCAUUCCACGCAUACCAAAGACUGUAAACGCGAAGAAAAUUGAAAAUUGAGAUGAAAUUAAGAUGUUUGAUUCAAUCGAUUGGAAAAGUCACAAUAGAUUUCCUUUUUGUAUAAAUUAUUAUACAAUUCGUGCCUUUAUCAAAAAGUCAAAGCAAACAAAGAUUCACAUAAUAAACAUUAGUUCCAAGAAAAACCACUUAAUAAGUAUAUAUGAUAAGUUUAAGUAAAUUUCCUUUUUAAAUGUUAAAUGGGAUCAAAAUUUGUCAGGCAUUUAUGUAUGUUUCGCAGUCCUAACAGAAUCAGCCAAAAACUCUCCUAAGAUAAUUAAAUUAAAUUAUUUACUUUAAGAACUUCUAUUCAAAUACAAAUAAUUUGCCAAAGAGAUUAACCACAUUCCGAAGAUAUAAUAAGCCCAGCACUCAAGUAAGUAGAGUUCAGAAGUAGAUGAUAUAUAUAGCAAAUCUAAAAAGCCGCGAAACUGACUUAAAAAGUAUUCAACAUAUACAUUACUUUAGCCGUUAUACACAUUUACAGUUUAUAGAGAAAAUAUUAAAUAUGAAAUGCAAACCAAGGCCUAACUAUAUAUAAAUGCAAACGCAUUGAAUCGCAAGCCAAAGCAAUAAAAGUUGAAGGAUUAUACAGAACAAUAUCAGCAUCAAUAUACACGUAUAUACAGCAGCAUCUACUUAUUAAUAACUAUUUACCUAAGCAGCAGCAAAAGCAGCCAAAAAUUGUAA